GUUUUGGUGUAGGGGCGAAAAACAAAUGUGCUCACUUGCAGACGAUGGGCGUCAAGGGCAGGGGCCAGAGGGGAUUCCUCCACCUUCCUCCCUCAUCCAUCACUUCUCCUUUCCAUCCCAUGUGAGAAAAAAUCGUCUCCUACUUCCACAGCCCUUUUCCUCCAAUCAGAUUGUAAGGUUUGGAGACACAUCAGCUGUUCAUUUCCUCCAUCUCACGCGCUUGGAUCAACUUGCAGGCUGCAGGGAAUCUAGGGCGUGUAGGUAGGCGGCAGAUCGAGGGUGAGGAACAGUUGAGAUUGAGAGAAGGUAAUAGGAUGGCUGGGGCUCUCUUUCAAGCUCCUCGAAUUUUGCCUAGAAAAGAAGGUUUUCGGGGACCAGAAGGGGGGAACGAAGAGGAGAAGAAGGCAAACGAAGAAAAAAAAAACAGAGAGCGUGGAAGAGUGAUUCAGUAAGUUCAGGGAGUACUGGAAUUUUCGGCUUUGAGGAAUCGAAGGCAAAAGGGAAGUUCGAAUUCUGUUUUGGAUCUGAACGUUACUGCCGACUAUAGGGAUUUUUAGCUUCAGUUCAUUUUAUGUAAAUAACAUAUUGAUAUUGGAUUAUAAAUCGAGUUUGUUGUU